UCAGAUUUUCACAUACAUAUUUGGCAUAAAAUCAAGAAAUUGGAUAAGAGAAAAAGAAGAAACAGGAAUUAUUGGACUGACUAUAACAUGCCAAGCAAGCUAAAGAAGGCAAUUGCUGCAGUGAAAGAUCAAACAAGCAUUAGCAUUGCCAAAGUUUCCAGCAACACUUCCUCAACACUUGAAGUCGCCGUCCUAAAAGCAACCACACACGACGAUGUCCCUGUGGAUGAACGUUACAUACACGAGGUUGUCCAAUUAGUCUCUUCCAACAAAUCCUACGCGGCUGCAUGUGCUCGUGCCAUUGGCAAACGCAUUGGUCGUACUAGGAAUUGGAUCGUUGCCCUAAAAUCCUUAAUGCUUGUCCUAAGAAUUUUCCAAGAUGGCGAUCCUUAUUUCCCUCGAGAAGUUCUCCAUGCAAUGAAAAAAGGUGCCAAAAUUCUCAACCUUUCUAAUUUUCGCGAUGAUUCCAAUUCUAGCCCUUGGGAUUUCACUGCCUUUAUUAGAACCUUUGCACUUUAUCUUGACGAGCGUUUAGAUUGUUUUCUCACUGGGAAGCUACAAAGGCGGUAUAAUUAUAAAGAAAGGGAAAAUUCCCGCCAUUUUAGGACCAGCAGUAGUAGUAGCAGUAGGAGUAGUAGUAGUAGUAGUAUCAGGAGGAGGACUAAUGAGGCAAUACGCGAAAUGAAACCAGCAAUGCUACUUGACAAGAUUUCGUAUUGGCAAAGAUUGCUUGAAAGGGCAAUUGCUAUACGCCCAACUGGUGCAGCCAAGACCAAUUGUCUAGUGCAAGUUGCUCUGUACGCUGUGGUACAAGAAAGUUUUGAUCUUUAUAAGGAUGUUUCGGAUGGGCUAACUCUUGUUCUUGAUAGUUUCUUCCAUUUACCAUACCAAUUAUGUGUAAAUGCCUUCCAAACAUGUGUCAAAUCCGCGAAGCAAUUUGAGGAAAUUAACUCUUUUUACUCCUUCUGUAAAAGCAUUGGUGUUGGUAGGACAUCAGAAUAUCCAAGCGUGCAGACGAUAUCUGAGGAGUUAAUUGAGUCAUUACAAGAAUUUCUCAAAGAUCAAUCAUCAUUUCCAGUGAAAUCUUCAGGACAAUUGCUUCUUCAAAAACCAGGUUCAAUGAAGUCGUUAAGAAGUAGGGAUGAUAGUUAUGGUGGACAAUCCGAAUUCUCAGUUGCAACGACUGAGCCAUAUUCGGAAAGGAGUACUACUACUUCUGGGAUUGGUUCGCCUUGUAGUUCAUUAGAAGAGCUAAUACGUGCAACGGAAACAGGGAGGAAGAACCCCUCCAUUUCAAUUGAUUUGGAGGCCUAUUCGGAUAUUCAGUUUAGGAAACAAUGUAGUGAAGAUGUGUGUGAUACAGGUUCUGCUAGGUCAUUGCCAGUGUCCAUGAUUGAUCUUGUUUCCUCCUCCAAUUGGCCAGGAGAUUACGAAGACGAAAACAAUGAAGUAAAAAGGCAAAAUCAGCAACCUGUAGUAGAAAAAGAGAGAGAAGUAAACAAAGAUGAAGCUAAACAAGAACAGCCAAAGGAGAAAGAGAAGUCAUUAUUAGAUUCAAGCUCAGCAAAAGGAUGGGAUGCUGUACUAAAUGAGGCUUUAACGCCAUCGCCAUCACCAUCUCCAUCUUUUGGCGCCUUUUCAGAACAACAAGAACCUAAACAGAUGUCAAGAAAUGAAGCAAACGCGUCGUCUGUUGAGGCUACUUCAAACAAUGGUUGGGAUUUGGGACUAUUUGAAGCAACCCCACAAACCAAAUCAGAACAACCUAUGCCUAAUACUACUGCUGACAAAGUUGACAGCUUCAACACAUUGCCAUUGCCAUCUUUCAAUGCCUUCCCAGAAAGGCAAGAACCAGAACAAGUGUCAAGAAUUGGUGCAAAUGUGUUAUCUACUGAGGUUUCUUCAAGCAAUAAUGGUUGGGAUUUGGCACUAUUUGAAGCAACCCCACAAACAAAAGCAUCACAAACCCUGCCUAUUACCUCAAACAACGUUAAUAGCUUCAACUCUUCAACUUUGGAUGAAUUGUAUAAUCAGAAUCCAAUGUCAUUGUUUCCAAAUAGUGGCCUAAGUUCACUACCAAUGCCUAAUAUGAACGGCAAUAUCUAUGAUCAAAAUCCAUCCACCACCUUUUUGCCAGCUUCAAAUAAUGCGUAUAAUCAAAUUCCAGUAAUGCCACAACCCCACCAUUACAAUCCAUUUUUACAAGAUACGUCGACCGAGUUGCCUUCAAACAUGUUCUCAUCAACAGCUGCACCUACAUUCCAAGCAACACCAACUUUUAGUGCUCAGAAUUCUUCUUUGGUAGUGCAGAGUGAUGUGAAUUCUGAUCCAUUUGGGACGUUUUCGAGUAGCGAGCAAAUGUUAAAUGGCACCAUAAAUCAGAAGAAUUUGUUGCAUGAACAACAGUUAUGGUUACAGAACCAAAACAAGAUCAUAGCUAAGCAUAUGUCUUAAUUUUGCUAGUGUAAACUUACAUGCAA